GCUUGCCGAUAACGGAUGUUGUUUAAAAAAUUAGACCAAGCAUUCGCGAGAUCUUUUUAAAUGUAUAGAAUGGAACUGAUUUUUUAAACAUAAAUGUUUUAUGAAUUGUUAUGUAAAAAGGACAACGAACUGAUGUUUUGUAUAAAACGGUUUGAGUGACCAGAGCAAGUUAUGUGGGAAUCAAUGCCUGAAGGAAAGAGACACGCUGAUGAUAUUCAUGCAGAUAACAACAAUAAAAGACUAAGAUUAGAGAAUGCUGAUGCCGAAUUAACAGGUGAACAUCUGAUUAAAGGAUCUACGCCAAUUGGGCCCAGAGAACUCAAAAUUGGAAGCUGCAUAUACAGUCCGAGUACGAAAUCAUGUGGAACAAUUGGACCUAUUUUGAAAAUUAAAGAAACUGGGGAGUUAUGUUUCCUUACAGUAAGACACAUUUUUGGUCCAUUUAAAUCUCCUGAAAAGUUCAUAGGUACAAAAGUUUACCUUAAAACGUCUGUAUCUGAUGAAAAGGAUGUGAAGCAUUGUGGUGAAGUGAUUGCAGCAGAGUAUGAUGAAAGUCUAGAUGUCACUCUUGUGAAGAUAUCUGACGAGUGUUUACCGUCUAAGAUACAGUUGAUACAAGUAGUCGACGAACAUUUAACAAAAAGCGGGCUUUAUUCCGCGCACACCCAGCUGUCUAGCACAGACAAUGUUGUGAUUGAUGCAAGGGAACUAACCUCCGACGAUAUAGAAUCUCACAUUUUAAUAAAGGUUGGUCAUGCCUCUGGUUUGACAAAAGGGAAGUUUAAAGAGCAUAAUGGAGAAAUAAAAACAGAAACACACUUUAUAAGGCGAGAUGAACCAAAUUUUAUGCAAGUUAUGACAUACAAAGACCAAUAUCAUAUCAUCCCGGUUGAAGGUGAACAAUUUGCCACUGAAAAUGAAGUCGGUGCGGCUGUGUAUCUGAUCGACAAUAGUAAUCACUUGAGCUGCAUUGGCAUUAUAAGUAGAAUCAUGGUUAAAGAAACUGGCGUUCUUGUAACUCCAAUUCAAGAAAUUCUGCACUCACUUGGAAACCAGUUGGGACAAACGCUUGAGGUUUUACAAAUAAACCCCAAUCUUUCAAAGGCACAUUUGGAAAAAGACGAUCAUUCUUUAUUUUCUCGUGUUUUGAAAGAAGGUCAAGAGCAUGAUAGACACGUACGUGUAAAUAUCAUUGGAUUCUAUGCACAAGGUAAAACUACACUUACAAGACGUCUCUUGAAUGAACCCUUUCAUAAUACUGAUACUACAGAUGGAAUUGAUGUACAUAUAAGGCGAUGUAAAAUCAAGGAAAGUAACUGGAAAAGAUUUGAUAUAGCUAAAGAAUCUGAGGAAAUCUCAAGUCGCCUUGUUUCUGUAGCAAAAACUGUAGAAAACGGCCAAACAUGCUUACCGGUGGAUCUUUCGGAAGAAAAUAAUGAUCUAGAUUUAACAACUGACUUAAAUGAAUCAUUUGCUAAUGAAGACGAAAACGGUGAUAAAAUUGAGAAUUCGAAUGAAGGUAAAACUAAAGAUACUGCUGACAGUCAAGUACACUCUACUGAUUCCAGAACGUCUGUCAAAUGUCUGCCGCUCUUUCGACGUUUUUCGGAGGAUUUAUCUGAAAACAGAACAAUAGCAGAAGAUGAACUUAUUGCAACUAUUUGGGACUUUGGUGGACAAUUCGUGUAUUAUGCAACUCAUCAAAUAUUUCAUUCAAGGGACGCUGUGUAUCUUUUGGUUUUUGAUCUUAGGAAGGGGCUUAAUAACAUAUUAGAAGAUUAUGAUUUUCCGGAUAGACAGGAAAAAAUGAAAACGAGCUUGAAGUUUUGGGUAAAUUCCAUCAAUGCAUUUGUUGGGACAGAUGAUGCUUCAAAGCCAAAGGUCAUUCUUGUUGGAACGCACAAAGACAAGUUUACUGGAGAUGUCAAUGCGAAGUUUAAAGAAGUUAAAGAUUUGUUUGCAGGAACUGAUGUUCGGAAACAUAUCUAUGACCGUACAUUUGCUGUUGCUAAUGUAGACAUGUCGGACGAUGAUGACGUGAUUGACGAACUUAGAAAAACAAUAUAUCAAAUCGGAGAAGAAACUGCAUUUCAAAAGCUGAUUCCUGCAAAAUGGAUACCUCUAGAAAUGGCGUUAUUAGAGAACAGACACAAACAUAUUGUUACCUUAAACGAUGUAAAAGAAAUGGAUUCACGAAAUGAUCUGCCAAUUGGGGAAGAGGAUCAGAUAAAGGAAUUUCUAAAAUACCAUCACGGAAAAGGGACACUCGUGUUUUUUGAUGAGGAAGGCUUAAAAGAUCACGUAAUUCUUAGCCCUCAGUUUCUGAUUGAUGCAUUCAAAUGCAUCAUAACAUCUAAAACUAUAUGUGAGGGAAGUUCACAGCUCUAUCAGCUAUGGAAAAAGAUGAAAAACAUGGCAGUGUUAGAAAAAGAAAUCAUAUCCGCCGUUUGGAGCAAAGAGAGAAACACGGAGUACUUUAACUGGUCAGAUAUUUUGCUUAAUUUCUUGAAGAGACACAGAAUCCUUGCAGAACUACAAUCAGAUGACAAUGCGACCGACCUGGUUGGUAUGGGAAAAUACAUGAUACCAAGUUUUCUUAAAAGAUAUUGUAGUAAAGAAACAGCCGACAGUUUUCUGAGCAGAAAAUCCUUUUCAAGUGUAAUACUUGGCAUUAGCCUCGAUAAUACCACAGUAUUGAAUACUGUUUAUGAGCGCAUUACAGCAGCUGCCCUAGGACGUUGGCCGCCAAUCAAAUACGAGGAGCAGUACUUAGUUUUCGAAAAUGUUGGUUUCUACAGAUUAGACAGACAACAUGCCGGAAGGAUUAUGAAAAAGAAGGAUACAGGUAUUGAAUUGAUGGUCGCCAUUCUAUGUCAAUCGGGAGAGAAAAUUGACGUCGUGUCCGACCGCUUUCGCAGAUACGUAGAAAUGGUGAUAUGCCAUGAGUUUGGUAAACUUAGCAACGAGACGAGAGAGAAUAUAUACAGUCAUUACAUUAAGUGUAAUCAUUCAGAUCAUGAAGCUGAUGGAAGUAAUGAAAUACAUCAUCUGAACAACAUCAGAGGUGAGGUCACCGUUCCUUGCCCUGACUAUAAGGACCAUCCUAUCAACGUUCGGAAGGCUAUUGAGGAAUGGUUUCAAGAAAAGAAAAUAUCAGCAUCACAUUCAACUUAUGAUCGACGUGCCACGGAAAAAGACUUGAACAGAAUCGCUCAAGCCAUAGGGACUAAUUGGGAACUUUUAGGAAUUGCUCUAGACUUAUCCGCGGACAAAAUUGAACGUAUAAAGCAAAGAAAUACAGGAACAGCGACAAAAAUAUUUCAUAUGCUGAAAGAAUGGAGAAAUAGAAAUAGAAAAAAUCCAGAUCUGAACAUCAUCAUUCAGGCCAUGAAAGACCAGGAUGCAGUAACUGUCAAUUGGGAUAAAAUUCGAAAUGUUUUUGACGAAUUUUAAUGACUUCACUUGAAAAGGGUAUAAAGACGUUACUUUUAAGGAGGUGGUAAGAGAGUAAUAUUGUGUUUCAUUAAGUUAUUAGUUUGUUAUUUCUUCACGGUCAAAUAUGUAACAAAUUUAGCUUAUGUCUUGAUUGACGAGGAAACAGAUUUGCAUGUACAUGGCCUGACAAACAAUGACGCGUAAACAAGAAAACAGUAAUGACAUUUCGUGUUGGAAUGAUUACCGAUGCUUUGUAUAGACUCAUUUUUUUUUAUGUUUCAUAAUCAUUUGAACGAUGCAUUUUUAAUUGUGCCUAUCACAUCUUUCUUCUUGCCACGGAGGAGUGAAAUAUUGAAUCAGACAUGAUGGCGUCUGAGUAGCCUGUUACGUGAAUAUAUGUUUGUUUGCAUGUGUACACUAAAUCUUAUAAAUGAAUUGAUAAAGUAUCACUCAUCUACAAAGGCUUUGUGAUUUUACUACAUUAAAAUUGUUAUUUGACAAGAAUUAAAAGUUCGACGGUUUUAAAUAAAAUGGUUACUUUUUUAUUAACUCUGUAUACCAGAUAUUUUGUUAAGACCAUUUUGUAAAAGAGCAAAAUUUGCAGUUUUUUAUGUCAAUAGUUACAUGAUUCAGAAUUAAGAGCACCUCGCUUAUCCAAUUUUAAGACCACCAGAUUCAGUCCCAAUUCUUUAUUUGUUCUUUAUUUGACCCCACUAUUGAGACCACUGAUAUCUAAGUCAACACGUAACUAGAUCUUAAAUUUGUUAUGUUAUUAUUUUCUGCUUGAAUGCUCUAAGGCAUGACACUUGAUUUCACAAGGUGUCAAAAACUGUUAUUAUUCGGAUAUUUAUGAAAUAAGGUGAAAAAGUAAAUUUUAGAGUACAUGUAGUUUAAUGUUGCUUUAAAGUGACGAAUUUAUUUUUAUUUAAUAGAUGAAUUAUAAACAUCAUAUAAUAAUUAAUAUUGAAAUCAGACCAAAGAGAAUUUGAUAUUUAAUUUCUUCAGAUUUAAUAUUAUAACAUACUUACAUAUUGUAUUUGUAGGCUAAGAUACAUAUUGUUUGUUCAUACAAAAUGACAAAAUAGACCAUAGACAUAAAGAACGUAAGCAAUGAUAUCCACAAUUAUUAUAAGACCACCCCGCAAUUAUGACCUCUUUAGUCCAGUCCCGAUGAUGGUCUUAAUUAAGGGUUUUUACUGUACACGUUUCUAUAAUUUUACUCAUGAAAUAUUGUGCUAUAUCAAUAAAAUAUCUAUGAUAUAUAGUUCAUAUUGUGAAAAAUAAAGUGAGUUGGCGGAG